AUGGCCGAGUCUGACGAAGCGGAAGAGGUGCUGGAUCUCUUCCAAGAGCCAGAAGGGUUCUAUGAGAAAGAAAAGGAGCCGACGGAAGUGGUGCAUCACACUCUGAAUGGCGAGACCCUGAAUUUGCGCCUCGUAGGGCACAAUCCUCUAUGGGUAAGUGCACCUCGAAUUCCGUCCGUCCCUUCCUUUCUACAUGUAGUAGUCCACCGAAGAUUGAAAGCCUUUGGUGGAAUUUCAAUCGUCAAUCGUAAGGCGCGUACAUAGUGCAGGUCUUGAGGGAAAUGCAUCGGGCACUGCGGGAGUGCUGGUGGCUGAUACGAAUCCGGAACAGGGACAUAUGCUGUGGCAAGCGGGGCGCAUCAUCGCCGACUACCUAGAGACGAACAGAAGUCAUGUCCUUCAAGACAAGACGGUUCUUGAACUCGGCGCCGGAGCAGGUUUGCCAAGUUUGAUCAGCGCAAUGAAUGGCGCGAAGACGGUCGUCGUCACCGACUAUCCAGAUCCGGAGCUGAUCGAAAACUUACGCCGGAACAUCAAAACCUGCCCCCUACUGCCUCGACCUCUCAACAUCCAUGCUGCCGGUUACUUGUGGGGCGCAGACACUGCAAGCAUCACGCAAUAUCUUCCAUCGCCCGGACAGAACCAUGGCUUCGAUCUGCUGAUUCUUGCCGAUCUCCUCUUCAAUCAUUCCGAACAUGCAAAGCUUGUCUGGAGCAUACAGCAGACGCUGAACAAGUCGUCCACUGCGCAAGCUUUGGUCUUCUUCACCCCCUAUCGUCCGUGGUUGUUCGACAAAGAUCUCGCCUUCUUCGAUCUCGCGAGGACCAAUGGCUUUGCGGUCGAGAAGAUUCUGGAGAAAGUCUUGGACAACGUAAUGUUUGAGGAAGAUCACGGAGUAUGCCGUCGUGGAAUUGAUCUGUAGUCGUACCAGAAUGCUGACAUUUCUCAGGAUGAAUUGCUGCGAAGAACUGUCUUCGGCUACAGGCUGCAGUGGUCUGAAGGUGGUUAG